AUGAUUCGUGCAUUUCAACGCCAACUCGCAAUUCAUCCGUUCAGAACUCAGGUCGUCGUUUCUGGUAGGUCUUUUUUUAUUUUUCCUCUACGAUUUGAUGGAUGAAUCCGAAAGUAGUAUUUGAAUUGAAUCGGAAUGGUUUGAUUAGAUGAAUCGCUAUAAAAAUUCAAAGAUUUGUUUGAAAAAACCUUCAGUAUAUAGAUUCAAAAGCGCUAAUGUUGGGUGGAGAUUGACUUUUAUUUCGUUGAUGGUACCGAUAUCGAUCUGAAUUUUUCCUGUCAAAUUUUUUUUACUUUCACAUCAAAAUUUCAGUAUCUUCUGCUGUUUUUUAAAGCGUAUAAGCUAAUUUCAGAAAACCCCACUGGUGAGCUGGAAUUUUCAGUGGUUUUCAGGCCACGCCAAACUUUAGUGCCAUAGGGCCCAUACAAAAUUUCAGCCAAUUUUUGAAACAGAUUUAAGCUUUCCUAAUGGAGUAGUAGUGAAAGUACAGCGACUUUUUGAAAUUCUGAGAAGCUGCUCCCUUUUUUUCGAUACAUUGAGAUUUUUUCGCUUUUUCAAGUUGCUCACCAGGGAACGUUUUUUACCCCCCGGUUGAACUUUUGCUGAAACUUUGCUGAAGUGUACUUUAGGACCCUUUGAUUGCAGAUCAAGAAGAAAAUUUCUCGCAAUAGAUCUUGUUUCCGAGUUAUGGAGCUUCAAAGUAUGCAUAAUACGCAAAUUAGGCCAAAAAAGCGCUAUUUCGGGUAUUUGAAGUGUCCUAACUCGAAAACGAGAUCUAUUGCGAGAAAUUUUCUUCCUGUUCUGGAAUCAGGGGGUCCUAAAGUACACUUCGGCAAAGUUUCAGCAAAAGUUCAACCGGGGGGUAAAAAACGUUCCCUGGUCAGUACACGUUUUAUUUCAGCUUCAAUUGGCGCUGCUGGCGAUGUACUGGCCCAAUAUAUCACUCAAGAACCGAAAUGGGACAAAUUGCGGACUGCCCGAUUUUUCUUUCUGACUGCCGGCUUCAUUGUCAGCUUUUUUUUACUAACUUUAGAUAUUUUCGUGAAAUCCAGUUUUUGAAUUUCUUUUUAGGUUCCCGCCCAGUUUGUGUGGCUCCGAUUCUUGGAACGAGUGAAGUUUGGUGGGCCUAAGUUCAAUCCGCUAAUACGCGUUUUUCUUGAUCAGGUUAUUUUUUUUUUCUCACAGAAAAUAAAAAAAUGAGAAUUUUCAGGUCGCUUUCAGUCCAGUUAUCGGUUCCCUAACCCUGAUAAAUUUGUGGCUUUUGGAAGGAUAUUCUCUGAAAGAAUCAAAGGAGAAAUGGGACCAGAUUUUUGGUACUAUCUAUAAAAAUAGCUUAUUCGUGAGUUUUUCUUUUUCUGUUUGAAGUUUACCUUUUUCUCAAGAGCGUUUCGUAAAAAUUAUGUUGUGGAAUUAAAUUCUAGUGGUCCCUAGGAAACGCUUGAAAUAAUUUACGGAACUAUUCAUUUCUAAAUUACGAUUUUUUUCAAAAAUAAUUUAGAAAGCGAGUUUGCAAACCUUUUUAAAGCUUGAAAUACCGCUAGAAACGAUUCUGCGAUGACAUAAUUUUUGAAUUCGCACCUUCAAUUGUUCCAGAAAUUAACUGAAUAUCUCUUUAAAAAAUCGGCUUAAGGUCUGGCCUUCCGUCCAAUUGAUCAACUUCUAUCUGGUGCCACUCAAUUACCGUAUCUUCUUGAUCCAGGUUUUCAUUUCGCAAAAUGGGCACCGAUUUAUGAAAUGAAUUUUAUUUCAGACCGUCGCAUUGCUUUGGAACGCGUACAUGUCAAUUUCGACUCAAAAAUCGCAAAACCCCAUCUCGAAGAUCCCCAAACCGCUGAUGUCAUCUAAUCAUUAA